AAGACGCCCAAUACGAAAGAUUUUGUUAUAUCGAUCUAUCCGUUCAUCAUCAAUCACACUAUUUCUUUCUUGGCAGACGGCAUUUCUGGUUCGCAUGCUCGUGUUUUCAAACAACCAGUGCAAGUUUGUUUUCAGCAGUUUUCAAGCAUGAAUUUGAUCCAAGAAGGGAGCUACGUCGUGAUAAGAGGGGCCAACAACGUACGUCUAGUUCAGGUGGACAAGAAAAAGCCGAUUUUCUUUGGAAAACGGAAGUUCGGAGUGCAAGCCGCGAUCGGACAACCCUUCGGAUCCGUGUUCGAGAUCCGAGAUCGAGAUUUACGGAAGGUUUCUGCGGAGGAAUUCAGGCGGACAUCCUCCGAAUGCAUUCCCCAAGUCGACGAUGUGCUGACAAGUGGCCAGGACAACCGGAAUCUACUGGAUGACGGGAAAUCUCAGAAGCUCACUAGGGAGCAGAUUGAGAACUUCAAGGCAGGCGGAACAUCUGGAGAGGAGAUUGUCAAGACGCUGCUGGAGAACAGCACGACGUUCAAGAAGAAGACGGAGUACUCCCAGCAGAAGUACCUCAAGAAGAAGCAGCAGAAGUACCUCCAGCAUUUGACGCUCGAGAGGCCCACGGCACGCCUUCUCGGCGAGAUGUACUACUCCCAGAACCCGCUCAAAGUCGGGAACAUGCGGGUGGACGCGCUGGCCCAGCUGCUGACGUGGUGCAACGUGCGGUCCGGCGGGAGAUACGCCGUCUUCGACUCCUGGCUGGGGCUGCUCACCGCAGCAGUGCUGGAGCGGUUGGGAAGGGAGGGCUCCGUCGUGCAACUCUACCCUGGUCUGGGGCCCGACAGUUCGUACCGACAGGCAGUGAAUGCUCUCAACCUGGAUGAGAACUUUGUGCACUCGACCGUUCUGGAGCUGCCCUUUCAGCGAGCCCUCGACCUGCUUCGAGAGUCUUCCACGGCGGAAGACGGGGACGGAGACUCUUCGAUGGCAGCGUCAGCAGAUCAGGCCGAGACGACGGUGGCGGGAAGCAAUAACGACACCCCGAGCGACGGACAGCCAUCCGGCAAAGAGUGGAAGGAGGAUGAGAGGACACGGAGGAGAGCACGGCGAUUGGAGGAGCAGCAGAAGGCAGCAGAUCUGCUCAAGACAAAGGCACUCGACGGGCUGCUGGUGGCCAGCAAGCAACACCCGACGCCGGUGGUGCUCACUCUGCUCGAGUUCCUGGCGCCCUCGCGGCCCUUUGCGGUGUUCUGCACCUACCAGGAGCCCCUGGUGGACCUCUACGGCCGCCUGAAGAGCGCCGGCAAUGCCGUCUUUCUCAAGCUGUCCGAGAGCUGGCUCAGGGCACACCAGGUGCUGCCCGAUCGCACUCACCCGUCCAUCAACAUGAGCGGCGGGGGAGGCUACCUGCUCACGGGCAUCAAGGUCGACAACUCAACGUGACGCCCGGCGGAGCAUCGAACCACCUCGCACAAACGCUUUGAGUGUACACACGUCGGGCUGUGACGCGGAAAGAUACAUCAUUCCAGUUCACCAGUUUAGUCGAGGCUCGGAUGUAU